AUGAGCUGUGGCGAGUGCCCGCUGUGUCAUGGGAGAAGGUUACAGCACAAACUGCCAAGAAGGAUCUUUGAGGGGGAGUCAAUGACAGUCAGCAUGGAUGAGAUCAACGAGCUGAAGCAGAUAGGAUUGCAUCUGGUCGAGCAGCUGAAGGUCAUCGCCUCGCGUUUGAAGAAAACCAAGGCUAAGGGAAGAGUUGCAUCCAGAGGGAAUAAGGCUACCGCCAAGUCGAAGGUGUGCGUAGUUGUGCCAUUGCUGCAGUUGUGUGAAGCUGAGGAUCAAGGCAAGAAGGCCAGUGAUGCAGUUUCUGCGGGUCAAGUGCAAAACAGCAAGAAAACAGGCAACACAGGGAUGAAAGUUGCUGAUUGGUAUGGUCUUCACGAGAGCAAUGGACUGCUCAAGACAACCACAACCAAGGGUGCAGAAACCUCUAAGGACGAGAUGAAGCUGAAUGGAACUGUUGUCAAGGAGCGGAUCCACAGUCGUUUGGGGCAAGAAGAAACUGUCCGUGGAAAUGUUCGCGUUGUUGGCAAGGAUGACACAGGAAAGGCGAGUGGCACGAUCCAAGCCAUGGGGAACCAAGAUGCAUCGGCAUUGAUCACUGUAUUCAAGGAGCUGGUGCAGUGGGUGCAAGAAAUGGUGGGAGGUAUUGUUGGACUUGUAGCGCCGACGAAGGAGGAACGAGGGAAGCAGUAA